AUGAUAGAAAUAUUAAAUAAUUAUAAACUGAACGAUUACGCGUACAUCAACGUGUUUUCACACGACCUGUUGAGAAAAUGUGUAAAAAAUGUUAGCAACUGGCCAACGUUUCCACAACUGUACAUAAAAGGAAAAUUAAUAGGAGGAUGCGAUGUAGUCGAUGAAUUACAUAGCUCAGGAGAACUGGAAAAAUUAUUUUAA